AUGAAGCCGGCUCCUGCAUUCCGCCUGGGCCAAUUGGCCGGUCUGCCAAGGUUAUGUCUGCGCCAAAAGCAUACACAGCACAGCGGGAAGCCCAGGCAGCCGACGAGUGGGUUUGUUGGGCCCGAAGGACAUGGAGAGAAAAUCUGGGUAUUUGCGCACCGGAGGUCGGAUCAGAUCAUCUAUUCCUUCAAGGAGCAGCUGGAUGGUUACCACGACUUGAAGCAGCUGCCUUAUAAUGGAAAGAAGACCAAGCCUGCGAAGCUUCGAAAAGACUACUGGUCACCUAUGGCGACGAUCGAGUUUCCCCAAGGGCAGGGCGCUAUCGGCCGAACUGUUUUCCAAAAGCUCCGUGAGCUCAAGCACCUGCACGAAGUUCAAUGGCAUGAGGAUCUACGCUACAAGUCGGAAAAGGAGUACACGAAGCAGGAUAAGAAGGUGGUCAAGGAGAAGCACGAGGCCGGUUUCCUGGAAUACAAGCCCCUCCGUACGGUCAAACAGAGAGGCAAAGCUCUGAAUGCUCAGAAGGGAAAUGCCAUUGCCGACAUGGCCGUGGUUCUGGCUGGUGAGGGCGCAGGGAACAGAGUGCUCGUCAGCCAAGCCGAGGAUGGCGCCAAAGACCUGGUCCAGGUCACCGUCAGCUGGGCCAAUGACCAAGACAGAAAUUUCGCAGAGGAGUGGUCGAGCAACGUCACCCACGAUCUAUUCGAGGAACCUUCAUAUGUGGCCGAGGCGGCUGCCUUACAAACAACCGGGGCCCAAGCCCAGCCCAGCCCAGCAUAA